ACGACGAAGUGAGUGCGUUCACUACUACACUGUUUGAAUAUUCCCUCAAAUGAAAUGUUGCGCAGGGCUGCGCAUAAAGAAAACGCUCGUUUUCAAUAGUGAUAACAUUUUCCACGCAUAGAUUUUCCAUUCAUCCACCAAGAACAGUGUUCAUUCAUUUGACGUUUUGUUGGUGGAAAAACAUCAAUAUGUUUUAGUUCAUACCAGCAUUUAGUUUACGCCAAUAUUUUCGUUCCGUCACAUUCGUUGCCAUUGCUCUAGUUAAUUUUGUUUUUUUUUCAACUGUUAAUUAGUGCUAAAAUUAAUCGAUUAAAUGACUGAUUUUAGUGAAGGUGAAGAUGAGGUGUUUAUUCGUUAUGAGGAUGAUAAAAACACAAGCAACAAUAGUGACGAAGAAGAAGAAAUUGAUGUAGCAGCUGGGAGACGAUGGGACCCACUUGGCGAAGAAAAAGAAAACGAUGAGACAGUCGUCGACCAAGCGUCGCGUCACGAAAGCAUCGACGGUAAUAAUACGCAAAUUAAGCAGUUGGAAAAUGAACAAGAGCUGCUGUCUACGUCACUGCAAGCAUUGACGUCACAUUUUGCUCAAGUGCAAUUUCGGUUGCGUCAAAUUGUUGAAUCUCCAACUGGCGAUCGUGAUUCGUUGCUCCAGAGUCUCGAAGAGUUUGCAUUUCGUGGCAUUCCAGAAGUGAUGCGAUUAAAUCCACGCGAACAUGAGAGUCUGUACAAAAUUAUGGAACGGCAACAGAGUCGCCAAUUCGAAUUGAUCGAACACCUGAAGCAGCAGUUGUCUGAUGCCGAGAAAUUUGCCUACGAGUCAGGUGCCGACAUAUUGCCACAAUCAAUUGUGGUGGAAAAACAAAAAGCCAUAUUUAACGAAUUGAAAAAUAAGCUCAAGUUAAAUGUUGACGAAAAAGUUUUGCCUCAAUUGACCGAAGAUGAUAUUCGCGCCCAGGUUGAUAGUGCAAUCGGCGAAUUUGUGACACCACUCAAAAUGCAAGAUACCCUUGUGAGUCAGUUGAAAACACAGAUAGUAGACUUGGAGCGUUUUGUUGCUUAUUUACAAGCCGAACAGGAGCUCACGCCCGAGAUCAAAGCGGCCAUUAAGAAUAGUAAGAAUCCGGAAAUUGCAUUUCAAACGUACAACUCGAAAAUGGCUCGCAGUCGAAAACAGUCACAAUCAGACAGCGGGAAGGAGCAAAAACCGAACAAAGCUGGAACAAGCAAAAGUGAUUACAUUCGAGGUCAACAAAGUCGAGUCGACCAUGACCUCACUGGGAAAAUGUCCAAUUUGUUAGUCAAGGCGUCUGCCAUUCUGGAUAUGUUCGCAUUAACCCAGUUGGGAUGCGGUAGCCAACGCAUUCAAAGAAACAGUUUGAAGAAAACUCAAAAAGGCAACCAUUGGGGUGAUUUACGUGCUCAGCUCGAAGUCGAUGUACAGGAGGUCAUAUUGUUAGUUUCGACCGUUGAAAAGUUGCAAAAUGAAAGCAAAACGAUUCAAGAGUGUGACUCAAGCGAAACUGAUGAUUAUGAAGACGAUUCAGCGGAAAAUCCAAAAUCAAAACGAAGACCCAGCAAAGCGGACAAAGAGUACAUUGCAACGACUCAGGCCGAAAUAACGGCAUUGGUUCGCAAACAGUUUGCUAUUACACUACAGGGACUCAUGCAGCACGGCCUUCGUGAUGAUAGUAAAACGUCCACAAGUUUAAUGCCGUUCAUUGGAUGUAUGAUGCCAUUUCAACAGCAGGCAGCCGCUCACAGGCAUCGCGUCGAUGAAACAGAAGAUCGGCCCAAUGAACAGAUGCACGUGUGGGAGCUCAUCUUAGAAUAUUAUCAUAUCAAAAACGGCGAUCAAUUCAACGAUACACCAGCUCGAAAACUCUCCGAAUCAUUCAAUUUAGAUAUCAUGGGUCUUGGUUCACAAUCAUCUUCCAAUAAGCAUACCAUGCUCACGGCCAUCGGUAGCAUCAUUGCGUUGCACGCCCCAUACAAACGUAGCUACAAUUCACACUUCAAAGCGUUUAUUUCAGCCGCUCUAAAUGCCCGUAAGCUGACCCAAUGGCUGAAUUUGAUCUAUCAAAGUCAAGAGCUCAUCGAACAAUACUACACAGAAUGGAGCUAUGUGGCACAUACGGGAUUCCGUGAUGCUCUUCGAACCAUCGACCGUUUGUCACACCAUGAUUUUGAUUUACCCGUGGAUUUAGCCGUACGACAAUUUCAAAACAUCAAAGAUGUUUUCAUGUAAACGUAUCCAAACAAAAAAUUAUUACCAUUUCAAUUUAAAUCUCAUGUUAAGUACUUAAUUUUCAUUCCGAUGGUCAUGUUUACCCGUUUACUAUCUCAUUCUAAUAUUAAGAAAUAAGUUCGAUUACAUCCGAACCAAAGCGAUUUAAUCAAACUCCGUACAGGUUUUAGUUCUUUUUUGUGAUAUUUUUUCCUGUUCUACAUGACAUUUUCAUUUAUUUGCCUAAUUAAAUUCAUUCCAGUAUAAUUUAGUCUGAAGAAAUUAAACUGGACACGAGACGUUGAAUAAGAUGUAUUUAUCCCUUUCACAAGUCUAAUUGCAUUGUUAUAAACAUAAAUCUGGUUGACUAGAAUUACUUAAUUUAAAUUUUAAACACUACCAAUGUUUCAAAAUGUAAAAAAAGAUACAAUCAAUAAAGACUUUAUUGCAAACUUA